CAACAUUUCAUGAUUUUGAAUUAAACUGAAUUAAACGAUUUUUUUAAAACAACUACCAACAUGUCUAAACGUAUAACUGCAGACGAAGUUGCUCAACACAAUACUGAAGGUUCUAUUUGGAUCAUUGUUCAUGACAAAGUAUUUGAUGUAACAAACUUUUUAAAUGAACACCCCGGUGGAAAAAAAGUUUUAUUAAAGGUUGCUGGUACAGAUGCAACUAAACAAUUUGAUAAUUUUCAUAAUUUGAGUGUUUUAGAAAAACAUACUCAAUUACAAAUUGGUGAAGUUGGUUCUGCUCAAGAGGAAGUUUCAAAUGAAGCUUCCUCAGGUGAAGGUCCAUUUGGUGACCUCGUACCUUUUGGCGAUCCUUAUUGGUAUCAAGACUUCUACUCUCCAUAUUAUAAUGAUUCUCAUCGUCGUGUAAGAGCUGCUGUACGUAAAUUUGUUGAGACAGAAAUUAUGCCUUAUGCUUAUGAAUGGGACGAAGCUAAAAGGAUUCCACAAGAACUUUUUAUAAAAGCUGGUAAAGCCGGUAUCUUACCGGGUGUUUGUGGUGCUCCAUGGCCUGUAAAACAUACUGAUAUUAAACCUAUUGCCGGAGUAAGUGUUGAAGAAUAUGAUAAUUUUCACGAAUUUGUCAUAUGUGAUGAAUUAGGUCGUUGCGGAUCUGGUGGGGUCUUAUGGGGUUUAUGUGGUGGUUUGACCAUUGGGCUUCCACCAAUUCUCAAAUUUGGUUCAGAGGAAUUACAGAGAAGAAUUGCUCCAGGAUGUCUUAAUGGAACAAAAAAUAUUUGUCUUGCUAUCACAGAACCAUAUGCUGGAUCUGAUGUUGCAAAUCUUAAAACAGAAGCCAAACUUUCUGAUGAUGGACAAUAUUAUAUUGUUAAUGGUGAAAAGAAAUGGAUUACUAAUGGUAUUUUUUCCGACUAUUUUACUGUCGCCGUUCGUACUGGAGGUCCUGGUAUGGGUGGUGUUUCCCUUUUACUGAUUGAGAAAGAUAUGCCUGGUGUAAAGACCCGUCAAAUGUUAUGUUCUGGUGUAUGGGCUUCAGGUACUACUUACAUCACUUUUGAAGAUGUAAAAGUGCCAAGAUCCAAUCUUAUCGGUAAAGAGAAUGGAGGUUUCAAGUGUAUUAUGCAUAAUUUCAAUCAUGAACGUAUGAGUCUCGCAAUUCAAGCGAACCGUUUCGCUCGUGUUUGUUAUGAAGAAGCCAUGAAAUAUGCUCAUAAACGUAAGACAUUUGGUAAAAAACUUGUUGAACACGAUGUUAUUCGUAAUAAACUUGCCCAUAUGGCGCGUAAAAUUGAGGCAACCCAUGCAUGGAUGGAGUCAUUAAUUUAUCAAACAACUAAAUUGCCUGCAAACGAAGCUAUGACAUUACUUGGUGGACCAAUUGCUUUACUAAAAGCACAAUCAACGCAAACUUUUGAAUAUUGUGCUCGUGAAGCUACACAAAUAUUUGGUGGUUUGGCUUAUUCACGUGGAGGUCAAGCUGAAAAGGUUGAACGUUUAUAUCGUGAAGUACGCGCUUACGCUAUUCCUGGUGGUUCAGAAGAAAUUAUGCUUGAUCUUGGUAUUAGACAAUCUCUUAGAGCUGCACAACCUCGUGGUGCCAAGCUUUAAAUUGUUAUAUUCAUUAAAUUAAACCAAGAUUUUUGAAGAAUCAUGAUGUUCCAAUUUAAAUUGUCAGAUUAAAUCAUAAUAAUCAUUGUGUAGAUUUUUUUGGGGGAAUUAAAUUAAUUAAAUUAUUGUUAUAUGUACUCAAAAUAGAGAAUCGUUUUUAUUUGUUUAUUUAUUUUACAUUUUUUUUUCAACGAUGAUAUCACGCUUUGAUUUUCUUAACGACUAUUCGUCAUAUUUACGUUACAAUUUAAGGUUACAAUUAACAAUAAUUAUUUGCGUUCAUCAAUACUUUUUAGAUAUCUGUUAUGGGUAAAAUAAAACGUUCGUCAGUUAUACGAGAUAUGCAAUGUCGGAAAACAAAUCAACAGUUCAAAACAUUAACCUUAGUAAAGCUCACCGAG